CUUUGGAGAGUGAGACGGCUGCAUCACAGCAGCGCUACGUGAUGCAAAGUAAACCGCGUAUACUUCGAGUAAAGUUUGAAAGGACACUUCGCCGGUUAAGGAAAGUACAAUGGGACUCCCCACUUUGGAGUUCAGUGACUCGUUCCUGGACAGUCCGGACUUCAGAGAGCGUCUCAAAUGCCACGAAAUCGAGCUGGAGCGGACCAAUAAAUUCAUCAAAGAGCUAAUCAAGGACGGGAACAUGCUUAUCACUGCGCUCAAGAAUCUCUCCGCUGCCGUCCAGAAGUUCUCCCAGUCCCUGCAGGAGUUCCAGUUUGAGUGCAUCGGUGAUGCAGAGACGGAUGACGAGGUGAACAUUGCUCAGUCGUUCAAAGAGUUCUCCCAGCUGUUGACCACUGUUGAAGAGGAAAGAAGACGCUUGAUUCAGAAUGCUGAUGAUGUGUUGAUUACUCCCCUGGAAAAAUUUCGUAAGGAGCAAAUCGGCGCUGCAAAGGAGGGGAAGAAGAAAUUCGAUAAGGAGACUGAGAAAUACUACUCUACGCUUGAGAGACACCUCAGCUUAUCAUCCAAAAAGAAGGAGGCAUAUCUGCAGGAGGCUGACACGCAGAUUGAUAAGGAGAGGCAACUCUUCUAUGAUGCAUCCCUUGAGUAUGUUUUCAAAAUACAAGAAGUGCAAGAGAAGAAGAAAUUUGAAUUUGUUGAGCCGCUGCUGGCCUUUCUUCAGGGAUUGUUUACGUUCUACCACGAAGGAUACGAGCUGGCUCAUGAAUUUGAUCCGUACAAACAACAGCUCCAGUUCAACCUACAGAACGCCCGAAACAACUUUAUGAGCACUAAGCAGGAAGUGGAGAAGCUGAUGAAGAGGAUACGGUCUGCAGAUCAGGACUAUAAACCCCCGGGCCAGUGGACGAUGGAAGGCUUCCUGUACGUCCAGGAGAAACGUCCCCUGGGAUGCACCUGGAUGCGUCACUACUGCACAUACGACAAAGGCAGCAAGACCUUCAGCCUGAGCAACACUGAAAGUAAAUCUGCUGCCAAACAGAACGGUCUUGUCCUUAACCAGCCGGAGAUGUUCAAGCUCAAGUCCUGCAUUCGGAGGAAAACUGACUCCAUCGACAAGCGUUUCUGCUUUGAUAUCGAAGUGAUGGAGAGAAAUGACAUCUAUCGUGGAACUCUUUUCAGGCCGCUUCCGUUUUUCUAUAAAGUCCGGCAUGGCGUUAUGACACUUCAGGCACUCUCUGAGCCCAACAGAAGAUUGUGGCUGGAGGCCAUGGAUGGCAAGGAGCCGAUUUACAACCUGCCAGCGAUAUUACACAAAAAGGAAGAAACAUUUCUUAAUGAGGCGGGCUUUAACUUCGUCAGGAAAUGCAUCGACCUGGUGGAGACUAGAGGCAUAAAUACAAUGGGACUGUACCGGAUUGGAGGAGUCAACUCCAAAGUACAGAAGCUGAUGACCACAGUCUUUUCAUCCAGGGCACCUGUGGAUAUGGACCUGGAUCCAGAGACGUGGGACAACAAAACUAUUACCAGCGGCCUAAAGAAUUACCUCAGGUGUCUCUCUGAGCCUAUAAUGACCUUCAAGCUCCACAAAGAUUUCAUCUUGGCUGUCAAGUCUGAUGACCAGAACUACCGGGUGUGUGCCGUCCAUGCUUUGGUUCACAAGCUGCCCGAGAGGAACAAGGACAUGCUGGAGCUGCUUAUAAAGCACCUCGUCACAGUUUCCACACAAAGCUCCUCCAACCUGAUGACGGUGUCCAACCUGGGUGUCAUCUUUGGGCCCACCCUGAUGCGCUCACAAGAGGAAACCGUGGCCGCCAUGAUGAACAUCAAGUUUCAGAACAUAGUGAUGGAGAUACUCAUCCAGAACUUCAGCAAGAUCUUCCACCAACCUCCGGACCCCAACAUGCCCCUGCCUCAGCCCCAGAGCCAACCCGGCUCUCGCAGGAGCCGGGCCAUCUGUCUGUCCCCGGGGCCCAGGAAGCCCCGCAGCCUCUACACCCCGACCCUGUGCCUGGCCGAUGCAGAGAGCCCCUGCAUAGGUGACACUUUGAGCAGCAGUCCAAGCAGCACCCCCACGGGCAGCAUGGAGUCUUUGUCCUCGCACUCCUCAGAGCAGAAUGGCUCCUCCAAAUCCGCCUGCUCUGCUCAGGUCAAGGACAAGUCGCUGCUGGACCUCCGCCGAACGGCGUCGCAGCUCUCGAUUGGCCCCAGGAGCGGCGUGUGUGUCAGCAGCCCGGAGUCCAGCUCCAGGGAGGACGCGGGCCCUACAGACGGGGGGUCGGAGGACGCUCUCAGCCUGUCCUCAGUGAGAACAGCGCCCUGGCUGUCUCCCGCCCCCAAAAAAGCCCCGCACUGCCGCAUGGACCUCAGGCCAGCGCUGCUGAACCGCUCCGCUGGCCCCUCCCUGAAAUCACUGCAUAUUUCUGAAGGCCACCGGAGCUGCUCUGGAUCCGUCCAAAGUCUGUCAACGCUGGAGCCCAGCGAGAGUCUGAAGCCCUCGGAGCACCCAGACCUUCCUCCCAAACGAGAGCUCCGCCGCUGCAGAGCAGACGCCUCCGUCAGCAACGGCAACCAACGGCCCGGCUCAGUGGUCUCUGCCAGAGCGCUGCUUUUUGAACACGCCUCUUCAUCGCAGUCUGUUCCAGUCGGCCGGGAUGCCAAGGCGAUGUAUUCCUGCGAGGCCGAGCACAGCCACGAGCUCAGCUUCCCACAGGGGGCGCACUUCUCCAACGUCUACCCCUCUGUUGAACCCGGCUGGCUCCAAGCAACAUACGAGGGGAAAACCGGUUUAAUCCCUGAGAAUUAUGUCAUCUUCCUCUAACAAGCUGGUAAACAUUGCAUCGUUUUCAUGGUAUCCAUGAAGAAAAAGAAGAAAACAGACGAUACACGAUGUGGCUGAUUGUUGUAAUGUUUCUAUUAUUGCUGGUAACUGAUGUUUCUGCAUAGUCUCACCAGGUAUCAAGCAGUGCAGUCAUUGCUUUGACAGCUCUAUAAAUCCCAAAUAAUGUACCUCCCUUUCUGUAAGGACUUCAAUCGUGAAAUGUUAAAUGAAUCUGCAGAGAUUCACAAAUUGUCAGGUGAAAAUAUAUUACUCGUCGACCACACUGAUGUUUUAAAUCCCAGUAUUCGCCUCCAGAAUCAAGAAAUGAUCACAACUAAUUUCACAAGUUUUAUUCUCAGAAAUAUAUUAUCUUUUAACAUUCUCAUUAUAUCGACAUAACACUUUCCUUUCAUCAAAGGAAAUCCAGUUUCACAAAAAUCCUCUAUCAGCUGUAAUUGAAACAAAAUGGGAUUUUUUGAACCGUGACACUGAUCUAAUCUAUGAGAAUCUAAUGAAGAGAAGCAGAAUGGGUUUGCACCUUAACGUCCAUGUUUGUGAUCGUUGUCCAUCCACUGAACCGGCUCACGUUCCUGUGAGCUACACAGUACUGCACUGGACAGUAGUGCUCAUGACUUCUUCUGUACUUGUUAAUCCAAAAUAUUUACUUUGUUUAACUGUUUAUUACUUUAAAUUAUCACAGCAAAUAUAUGCCGUGCCAAAUAUUUUUACAAUUUCUUUUUUUUGUUUUUUUGUUAUAAUCUCAUGAAUGCUUUCUGGAGGUUAAGUUUAAUGUCCCUUGUGGUACUGUACUCACUGGUACACUGGCACCAGAUUAUAUAGUGGUCACGAUAUCAUUUUAUAUUUCUUUUUUAAAUUUCUGCCACAACAUUUCCAAGGUACAAUGGUCACGAUUAUUGAAAAGAAGGUAACUUCAGUGGUACUAUUUCAGGAAAAAAGGAACCGUUUUUAAAUAUAGAGACUGAUCAACAACACACACGCUAUGCAGUAAUUACAAACUGAGAAUGUACUCCAAAUGUCAGGAUCAUGAUGUUCUUUUGUACUUACAUUUUUAAGAGUGCGAGGCGACCUGAGCAUAUAUGCUGGAGUAAUACUCCCUUACAGUCUGAAUUUGGAGGGGAAGUGAUAUUCAUAUCCUAAAUAUGUAACAUUUUGGUAUUUUAAAUAUAUAUUGCUUGUUUCCUUGCAAUCAUCUACUGUAUUUUGACGGUGCAUAAACAUGUCUUUAAAUAAACGGCGUGAUUCAUUCGA